AACCCAUCCGACAAGACACAAAGACAGGAUAUCACAACAAGAAUAACAGCAUCCUGUAAUUCCUCGAAGAACAUCUAUCAAUGGCGGUUUCACUUUCAGCCGCCACACCCUUCCAUCUCCUGCCCUCUUCUUCAUUGUACAGUUCCUCAUUGAGCUCCAAACAACACCUCCUCCGAUCACCCUCCCGCCGCACCGUAACAGCUCAAGCUCAAUCUCAAUCUCAGCCUCGCCAAACAUGGCUUCCCGGCCUCGACCCUCCACCGCAUCUCGACGGAACCCUCGCCGGAGAUUUUGGGUUCGACCCACUUGGGCUCGGCGAAGACCCACAUAGCUUGAAGUGGUUCGUCCAAGCAGAGCUCGUUCAUUCUCGCUUCGCCAUGCUUGGCGUCUCUGGAAUUCUCCUCACAGAUCUGCUUCGUGUAACAGGAAUCAGUGAAUUGCCAGUUUGGUACAAUGCGGGUGCUGUGGAAUAUGGCUUUGCCAACAAGGAAACUCUCUUCAUUGUUCAGCUGCUGUUGAUGGGGUUUGUGGAAACGAAAAGAUAUAUGGAUUUCAAAAGCCCUGGAUCUCAAGCACAAGAAGGGACUUUCUUUGGAUUAGAGUCCGCUUUCGAAGGACUCGAGCCCGGAUACCCUGGGGGUCCUCUGCUAAAUCCUCUGGGUCUGGCUAAAGAUAUCAAGAAUGCACAUGAGUGGAAGCUGAAGGAGAUAAAGAAUGGACGGCUUGCAAUGGUAGCCAUGCUGGGGAUCUUUGUGCAAGCUUAUGUAACUCAAACAGGGCCAAUAGAUAACCUUGUGGAGCACCUUUCUAAUCCAUGGCACAACACUAUUAUCCACACCCUCUCCAGCUCAAGUCCUUGAAGAACCAAAAUAUAAGCUAUCUGGCUUUGGAGAGAAUUUGUAAGCUAAACAGAGUACAUAUGAAAGAACAAAUGAAAGAAUUGAGGAAAUGAAAGAAUUGAGGAAGGUUUCAUUGCUUGAA